AUGCAUCGGCGAGGCGGGAAAAGAAUCCGAAUGGAUGAUCCUCCUCCGGAGUAUGAAGAAGAAGCUCGCUCACCAUCUCCAGCUCUCACUAAGCGUAUUACGAGAAGUCGAGGACGAGGUGGAGAUGGAGGCUUCGUAGGCAGAUUAGCAGAGUCCCCGCCACCGCCUCCUUUGCGCAGGCGUGGAAGAGGUGGACGCGGGCGUGGCCGUGGUCGUGGUGCGGCCCCACCACCAGCGUCUUCACCACCACCUGUUCUCAUGCCGGGAGAUGAUGAGAACAGUCUUUACAAUAUUCUAAGAUUUAACAAGACUGCUAUUAACCAAGUUGUAGAUAUGUGGAUAGAAGAAUACAAGAGUAAUAGGGAAAGUGCUUUAGUCCAGUUGAUGCAAUUUUUCAUCAAUUCCUCUGGUUGCCGCGGUAAGGUAACUCCGGAUAUGGCAUCCAUGGACCACACACUUAUAAUUAAGAAAAUGACUCAAGAGUUUGAUGAGGAAAGUGGUGAAUAUCCUUUAAUUAUGAGUGGUCAAACAUGGAAGAAGUUCCGUUCCAAUUUCUGUGAAUUUAUACAGACCCUGGUGAAGAUGUGUCAAUAUUCAAUCAUAUAUGAUCAGUACCUCAUGGACAACAUUAUAUCAUUACUAACUGGGCUGUCUGAUUCUCAAGUGAGAGCAUUCAGGCAUACUGCAACCUUAGCAGUAAUGAAACUGAUGACGGCGCUGGUGGAUGUGGCACUUUUGACAAGCGUGAAUUGUGAUAAUUGCUUGCGGCAGUAUGAAGCUGAGCGAUUGAAAGCUCGCGACAAGCGUGCUAGUGAGCGGCUCGAAGUGCUUGUCGCCAAGCGGCAGGAGCUUGAGGAGAAUAUGGAGGAAAUCAAGAACAUGCUCUCAUAUAUGUUUAAGUCUGUUUUUGUGCACAGAUACAGAGACACAUUGCCAGACAUCCGAGCAAUUACAAUGGCUGAGAUAGGCAUCUGGAUGGAAAAGUUUCCUGCACACUUCCUUGAUGAUCUCUACCUCAAAUACAUUGGCUGGACCUUGCACGACAAGGUAGGAGAAGUCCGGUUACGCUGUCUGCAAGCAUUACAGCCGUUGUAUGAAUGUGAGGAGCUGAAAGGCAAGCUGGAGCUGUUCACUUCCAAGUUCAAGGACCGUAUUGUGUCCAUGACACUGGAUAAAGAGACCGAGGUUGCAGUGCAUGCUGUUAAACUUGUCAUAGCUAUUCUAAAGAUGCACCCGGACGUGCUGACGGACAAGGACUGCGAGAACGUGUACGAGCUGGUGUACUCGUCGUGGCGCGCCGUGGCGGCGGCGGCGGGCGAGUUCCUCAACGUGCGGCUGUUCCGCGCCGACGAGUCGGCUGCCGGCGCUGCCACGCCUGCCACGCGCUCGCGCCGCGGCAAGCAGCGCCUGCCCAACACGCCGCUGCUGCGCGACCUCGUGCAGUUCUUCAUCGAGUCCGAGUUGCAUGAGCAUGGAGCUUACCUUGUGGAUUCAUUGAUUGAUUCCAAUCCAAUGAUGAAGGACUGGGAAUGCAUGACAGACUUGCUGCUGGAGGAGCCAGGGCCUGGAGAGGAGGCACUUGAUAAUAGACAGGAGUCGUCGCUGAUCGAGCUGAUGGUGUGCUGCGUGCGGCAGGCCAGCACGGGCGAGCCGCCCGUGGGCCGCGGCGCCGCGCGCAAGCACCACCAGCCGCUCUCCAAGGACCAGGCCAAGAUGGUGAGCGAUGACCGCGCGAAGAUGACAGCGCACUUCAUGGUGACACUACCGGCAUUAUUGGACAAGUUUGGUGCUGACCCUGAGAAACUUGCAAACCUGGUGGCUAUUCCACAGUACUUUGAUCUUGAACUCUACACCACGCAACGUCAGGAGGCGAACCUGACGCUGCUGCUGAACAAGGUGCGCGAGAUCAUGAGCACGCAGACGGAGUGCGAGGUGCUGGAGACGUGCGCGCGCACGCUGGAGCUGCUGUGCGCCGAGCGCUGCGCCGUGUACUCGCGCUGCAACGUGGCGCGCGCCACGCUCGCCGACUCCGUCGCGCACAAGUACCGCGAGGCGCUCGACGACUUCCGCAACCUGAUCGAGGGCGUGAGUACCGACCGCCGCACACACUCACCCACUCACUCGCUGCAGCUGCUGUGCGCCGAGCGCUGCGCCGUGUACUCGCGCUGCAACGUGGCGCGCGCCACGCUCGCCGACUCCGUCGCGCACAAGUACCGCGAGGCGCUCGACGACUUCCGCAACCUGAUCGAGGGCGUGAGUACCGACCGCCGCACACACUCACCCACUCACUCGCUGCAGCUGCUGUGCGCCGAGCGCUGCGCCGUGUACUCGCGCUGCAACGUGGCGCGCGCCACGCUCGCCGACUCCGUCGCGCACAAGUACCGCGAGGCGCUCGACGACUUCCGCAACCUGAUCGAGGGCGUGAGUACCGACCGCCGCACACACUCACCCACUCACUCGCUGCAGCUGCUGUGCGCCGAGCGCUGCGCCGUGUACUCGCGCUGCAACGUGGCGCGCGCCACGCUCGCCGACUCCGUCGCGCACAAGUACCGCGAGGCGCUCGACGACUUCCGCAACCUGAUCGAGGGCGUGAGUACCGACCGCCGCACACACUCACCCACUCACUCGCUGCAGCUGCUGUGCGCCGAGCGCUGCGCCGUGUACUCGCGCUGCAACGUGGCGCGCGCCACGCUCGCCGACUCCGUCGCGCACAAGUACCGCGAGGCGCUCGACGACUUCCGCAACCUGAUCGAGGGCGUGAGUACCGACCGCCGCACACACUCACCCACUCACUCGCUGCAGCUGCUGUGCGCCGAGCGCUGCGCCGUGUACUCGCGCUGCAACGUGGCGCGCGCCACGCUCGCCGACUCCGUCGCGCACAAGUACCGCGAGGCGCUCGACGACUUCCGCAACCUGAUCGAGGGCGUGAGUACCGACCGCCGCACACACUCACCCACUCACUCGCUGCAGCUGCUGUGCGCCGAGCGCUGCGCCGUGUACUCGCGCUGCAACGUGGCGCGCGCCACGCUCGCCGACUCCGUCGCGCACAAGUACCGCGAGGCGCUCGACGACUUCCGCAACCUGAUCGAGGGCGUGAGUACCGACCGCCGCACACACUCACCCACUCACUCGCUGCAGCUGCUGUGCGCCGAGCGCUGCGCCGUGUACUCGCGCUGCAACGUGGCGCGCGCCACGCUCGCCGACUCCGUCGCGCACAAGUACCGCGAGGCGCUCGACGACUUCCGCAACCUGAUCGAGGGCGUGAGUACCGACCGCCGCACACACUCACCCACUCACUCGCUGCAGCUGCUGUGCGCCGAGCGCUGCGCCGUGUACUCGCGCUGCAACGUGGCGCGCGCCACGCUCGCCGACUCCGUCGCGCACAAGUACCGCGAGGCGCUCGACGACUUCCGCAACCUGAUCGAGGGCGUGAGUACCGACCGCCGCACACACUCACCCACUCACUCGCUGCAGCUGCUGUGCGCCGAGCGCUGCGCCGUGUACUCGCGCUGCAACGUGGCGCGCGCCACGCUCGCCGACUCCGUCGCGCACAAGUACCGCGAGGCGCUCGACGACUUCCGCAACCUGAUCGAGGGCGUGAGUACCGACCGCCGCACACACUCACCCACUCACUCGCUGCAGCUGCUGUGCGCCGAGCGCUGCGCCGUGUACUCGCGCUGCAACGUGGCGCGCGCCACGCUCGCCGACUCCGUCGCGCACAAGUACCGCGAGGCGCUCGACGACUUCCGCAACCUGAUCGAGGGCGUGAGUACCGACCGCCGCACACACUCACCCACUCACUCGCUGCAGCUGCUGUGCGCCGAGCGCUGCGCCGUGUACUCGCGCUGCAACGUGGCGCGCGCCACGCUCGCCGACUCCGUCGCGCACAAGUACCGCGAGGCGCUCGACGACUUCCGCAACCUGAUCGAGGGCGUGAGUACCGACCGCCGCACACACUCACCCACUCACUCGCUGCAGCUGCUGUGCGCCGAGCGCUGCGCCGUGUACUCGCGCUGCAACGUGGCGCGCGCCACGCUCGCCGACUCCGUCGCGCACAAGUACCGCGAGGCGCUCGACGACUUCCGCAACCUGAUCGAGGGCGUGAGUACCGACCGCCGCACACACUCACCCACUCACUCGCUGCAGCUGCUGUGCGCCGAGCGCUGCGCCGUGUACUCGCGCUGCAACGUGGCGCGCGCCACGCUCGCCGACUCCGUCGCGCACAAGUACCGCGAGGCGCUCGACGACUUCCGCAACCUGAUCGAGGGCGUGAGUACCGACCGCCGCACACACUCACCCACUCACUCGCUGCAGCUGCUGUGCGCCGAGCGCUGCGCCGUGUACUCGCGCUGCAACGUGGCGCGCGCCACGCUCGCCGACUCCGUCGCGCACAAGUACCGCGAGGCGCUCGACGACUUCCGCAACCUGAUCGAGGGCGUGAGUACCGACCGCCGCACACACUCACCCACUCACUCGCUGCAGCUGCUGUGCGCCGAGCGCUGCGCCGUGUACUCGCGCUGCAACGUGGCGCGCGCCACGCUCGCCGACUCCGUCGCGCACAAGUACCGCGAGGCGCUCGACGACUUCCGCAACCUGAUCGAGGGCGUGAGUACCGACCGCCGCACACACUCACCCACUCACUCGCUGCAGCUGCUGUGCGCCGAGCGCUGCGCCGUGUACUCGCGCUGCAACGUGGCGCGCGCCACGCUCGCCGACUCCGUCGCGCACAAGUACCGCGAGGCGCUCGACGACUUCCGCAACCUGAUCGAGGGCGUGAGUACCGACCGCCGCACACACUCACCCACUCACUCGCUGCAGCUGCUGUGCGCCGAGCGCUGCGCCGUGUACUCGCGCUGCAACGUGGCGCGCGCCACGCUCGCCGACUCCGUCGCGCACAAGUACCGCGAGGCGCUCGACGACUUCCGCAACCUGAUCGAGGGCGUGAGUACCGACCGCCGCACACACUCACCCACUCACUCGCUGCAGCUGCUGUGCGCCGAGCGCUGCGCCGUGUACUCGCGCUGCAACGUGGCGCGCGCCACGCUCGCCGACUCCGUCGCGCACAAGUACCGCGAGGCGCUCGACGACUUCCGCAACCUGAUCGAGGGCGUGAGUACCGACCGCCGCACACACUCACCCACUCACUCGCUGCAGCUGCUGUGCGCCGAGCGCUGCGCCGUGUACUCGCGCUGCAACGUGGCGCGCGCCACGCUCGCCGACUCCGUCGCGCACAAGUACCGCGAGGCGCUCGACGACUUCCGCAACCUGAUCGAGGGCGUGAGUACCGACCGCCGCACACACUCACCCACUCACUCGCUGCAGCUGCUGUGCGCCGAGCGCUGCGCCGUGUACUCGCGCUGCAACGUGGCGCGCGCCACGCUCGCCGACUCCGUCGCGCACAAGUACCGCGAGGCGCUCGACGACUUCCGCAACCUGAUCGAGGGCGUGAGUACCGACCGCCGCACACACUCACCCACUCACUCGCUGCAGCUGCUGUGCGCCGAGCGCUGCGCCGUGUACUCGCGCUGCAACGUGGCGCGCGCCACGCUCGCCGACUCCGUCGCGCACAAGUACCGCGAGGCGCUCGACGACUUCCGCAACCUGAUCGAGGGCGUGAGUACCGACCGCCGCACACACUCACCCACUCACUCGCUGCAGCUGCUGUGCGCCGAGCGCUGCGCCGUGUACUCGCGCUGCAACGUGGCGCGCGCCACGCUCGCCGACUCCGUCGCGCACAAGUACCGCGAGGCGCUCGACGACUUCCGCAACCUGAUCGAGGGCGUGAGUACCGACCGCCGCACACACUCACCCACUCACUCGCUGCAGCUGCUGUGCGCCGAGCGCUGCGCCGUGUACUCGCGCUGCAACGUGGCGCGCGCCACGCUCGCCGACUCCGUCGCGCACAAGUACCGCGAGGCGCUCGACGACUUCCGCAACCUGAUCGAGGGCGUGAGUACCGACCGCCGCACACACUCACCCACUCACUCGCUGCAGCUGCUGUGCGCCGAGCGCUGCGCCGUGUACUCGCGCUGCAACGUGGCGCGCGCCACGCUCGCCGACUCCGUCGCGCACAAGUACCGCGAGGCGCUCGACGACUUCCGCAACCUGAUCGAGGGCGUGAGUACCGACCGCCGCACACACUCACCCACUCACUCGCUGCAGCUGCUGUGCGCCGAGCGCUGCGCCGUGUACUCGCGCUGCAACGUGGCGCGCGCCACGCUCGCCGACUCCGUCGCGCACAAGUACCGCGAGGCGCUCGACGACUUCCGCAACCUGAUCGAGGGCGUGAGUACCGACCGCCGCACACACUCACCCACUCACUCGCUGCAGCUGCUGUGCGCCGAGCGCUGCGCCGUGUACUCGCGCUGCAACGUGGCGCGCGCCACGCUCGCCGACUCCGUCGCGCACAAGUACCGCGAGGCGCUCGACGACUUCCGCAACCUGAUCGAGGGCGUGAGUACCGACCGCCGCACACACUCACCCACUCACUCGCUGCAGCUGCUGUGCGCCGAGCGCUGCGCCGUGUACUCGCGCUGCAACGUGGCGCGCGCCACGCUCGCCGACUCCGUCGCGCACAAGUACCGCGAGGCGCUCGACGACUUCCGCAACCUGAUCGAGGGCGUGAGUACCGACCGCCGCACACACUCACCCACUCACUCGCUGCAGCUGCUGUGCGCCGAGCGCUGCGCCGUGUACUCGCGCUGCAACGUGGCGCGCGCCACGCUCGCCGACUCCGUCGCGCACAAGUACCGCGAGGCGCUCGACGACUUCCGCAACCUGAUCGAGGGCGUGAGUACCGACCGCCGCACACACUCACCCACUCACUCGCUGCAGCUGCUGUGCGCCGAGCGCUGCGCCGUGUACUCGCGCUGCAACGUGGCGCGCGCCACGCUCGCCGACUCCGUCGCGCACAAGUACCGCGAGGCGCUCGACGACUUCCGCAACCUGAUCGAGGGCGUGAGUACCGACCGCCGCACACACUCACCCACUCACUCGCUGCAGCUGCUGUGCGCCGAGCGCUGCGCCGUGUACUCGCGCUGCAACGUGGCGCGCGCCACGCUCGCCGACUCCGUCGCGCACAAGUACCGCGAGGCGCUCGACGACUUCCGCAACCUGAUCGAGGGCGUGAGUACCGACCGCCGCACACACUCACCCACUCACUCGCUGCAGCUGCUGUGCGCCGAGCGCUGCGCCGUGUACUCGCGCUGCAACGUGGCGCGCGCCACGCUCGCCGACUCCGUCGCGCACAAGUACCGCGAGGCGCUCGACGACUUCCGCAACCUGAUCGAGGGCGUGAGUACCGACCGCCGCACACACUCACCCACUCACUCGCUGCAGCUGCUGUGCGCCGAGCGCUGCGCCGUGUACUCGCGCUGCAACGUGGCGCGCGCCACGCUCGCCGACUCCGUCGCGCACAAGUACCGCGAGGCGCUCGACGACUUCCGCAACCUGAUCGAGGGCGUGAGUACCGACCGCCGCACACACUCACCCACUCACUCGCUGCAGCUGCUGUGCGCCGAGCGCUGCGCCGUGUACUCGCGCUGCAACGUGGCGCGCGCCACGCUCGCCGACUCCGUCGCGCACAAGUACCGCGAGGCGCUCGACGACUUCCGCAACCUGAUCGAGGGCGUGAGUACCGACCGCCGCACACACUCACCCACUCACUCGCUGCAGCUGCUGUGCGCCGAGCGCUGCGCCGUGUACUCGCGCUGCAACGUGGCGCGCGCCACGCUCGCCGACUCCGUCGCGCACAAGUACCGCGAGGCGCUCGACGACUUCCGCAACCUGAUCGAGGGCGUGAGUACCGACCGCCGCACACACUCACCCACUCACUCGCUGCAGCUGCUGUGCGCCGAGCGCUGCGCCGUGUACUCGCGCUGCAACGUGGCGCGCGCCACGCUCGCCGACUCCGUCGCGCACAAGUACCGCGAGGCGCUCGACGACUUCCGCAACCUGAUCGAGGGCGUGAGUACCGACCGCCGCACACACUCACCCACUCACUCGCUGCAGCUGCUGUGCGCCGAGCGCUGCGCCGUGUACUCGCGCUGCAACGUGGCGCGCGCCACGCUCGCCGACUCCGUCGCGCACAAGUACCGCGAGGCGCUCGACGACUUCCGCAACCUGAUCGAGGGCGUGAGUACCGACCGCCGCACACACUCACCCACUCACUCGCUGCAGCUGCUGUGCGCCGAGCGCUGCGCCGUGUACUCGCGCUGCAACGUGGCGCGCGCCACGCUCGCCGACUCCGUCGCGCACAAGUACCGCGAGGCGCUCGACGACUUCCGCAACCUGAUCGAGGGCGUGAGUACCGACCGCCGCACACACUCACCCACUCACUCGCUGCAGCUGCUGUGCGCCGAGCGCUGCGCCGUGUACUCGCGCUGCAACGUGGCGCGCGCCACGCUCGCCGACUCCGUCGCGCACAAGUACCGCGAGGCGCUCGACGACUUCCGCAACCUGAUCGAGGGCGUGAGUACCGACCGCCGCACACACUCACCCACUCACUCGCUGCAGCUGCUGUGCGCCGAGCGCUGCGCCGUGUACUCGCGCUGCAACGUGGCGCGCGCCACGCUCGCCGACUCCGUCGCGCACAAGUACCGCGAGGCGCUCGACGACUUCCGCAACCUGAUCGAGGGCGUGAGUACCGACCGCCGCACACACUCACCCACUCACUCGCUGCAGCUGCUGUGCGCCGAGCGCUGCGCCGUGUACUCGCGCUGCAACGUGGCGCGCGCCACGCUCGCCGACUCCGUCGCGCACAAGUACCGCGAGGCGCUCGACGACUUCCGCAACCUGAUCGAGGGCGUGAGUACCGACCGCCGCACACACUCACCCACUCACUCGCUGCAGCUGCUGUGCGCCGAGCGCUGCGCCGUGUACUCGCGCUGCAACGUGGCGCGCGCCACGCUCGCCGACUCCGUCGCGCACAAGUACCGCGAGGCGCUCGACGACUUCCGCAACCUGAUCGAGGGCGUGAGUACCGACCGCCGCACACACUCACCCACUCACUCGCUGCAGCUGCUGUGCGCCGAGCGCUGCGCCGUGUACUCGCGCUGCAACGUGGCGCGCGCCACGCUCGCCGACUCCGUCGCGCACAAGUACCGCGAGGCGCUCGACGACUUCCGCAACCUGAUCGAGGGCGUGAGUACCGACCGCCGCACACACUCACCCACUCACUCGCUGCAGCUGCUGUGCGCCGAGCGCUGCGCCGUGUACUCGCGCUGCAACGUGGCGCGCGCCACGCUCGCCGACUCCGUCGCGCACAAGUACCGCGAGGCGCUCGACGACUUCCGCAACCUGAUCGAGGGCGGAGAGACACCAGAUGCAGACGAACUGUUCAAUGUAACCAAUUCAUUACGCAAAGUGUCCAUAAUGUACAUGUGUCACAAUUUAAAUGAUACAAACAUUUGGGACUCGUUGUUUGAGGAUCUACCAAAAUGCGUUGUGGAGAAUGACCCAAUGCCUGCACAGGCGUUGGUGUACGUGGUGCGCGCUUGCUUCUACUCGAUCCUGUGGUCGCUGCACGAGCUGGAGGAGCGCGGCGCGGGCGGGGCGGGUGGCGGGGCGGGCGGCGGGGGCGGCGCGGGCGGCGGCGCGGCGGCCGACGUGGAGCUGCUGCGCGAGCGCCUGCACGGCUACUGCGCGCACUGCAGGGACAUCGUGGCCCACGGAGUCACGCCCGACCUGCGCGAGGAGGCGUACACGAGCAUCUGCGACCUGCUGAUCUUCUUCGCGGAGCAGCUGCACACGCUGCACCACGCGGCCGAGCCGCACUUCCGCCGCCUGGUGUACGAGCCCGACCCCCAGCUCUGCGACCUGCUCAACGACUUCAUCCAGCAGUUCGUCUUCGUGCAGCCCAACUACGAUGGUCAAGAUGAGAGACGUAUCGAGGAAUUGCACAAACGCCGCAACUUCCUAGCCGCGUACUGCAAACUCAUCGUAUACAACGUGGCGCCCAUCCGUCGGGCCGCUGAUGUCUUCAAACAUUAUAUUAAGUGCUACAACGACUACGGCGACAUCAUCAAGGCGACGCUGAGCAAGGCGCGCGAGAUCAACAAGCUGAGCUGCGCGCUCAGCAUGCAGCUGGCCAUGCAGGCGCUGUUCACCGAGCUGCAGCAGCUGCACGGCGCCGCGCAGCGCUCGCAGCCCGAGUUCCUGGAGCUCAAGGAGCUGGCGAAGCGGUUCUCGGUUAUGUUCGGGCUGGAUGCAGUGAAGAACCGCGAGGCACUGACAGCGCUGCACCGCGCCGGCAUCGCCUUCGCGGCGCUGGAGUCCAGCGCUGCGGCCGCUGCAGGCGCGCCACCGCCUAACCUGCUUUUCCUCGAGCCGCUGGCCGAGUUCUCCAACAAGCUGCUGCGCCAGGACAAGCGCCACGUGCUACGGUUCCUGGAGUCGCGGCUGCAGGCUGGCAUGACGUGGCGCGAGGAGUGGGGUGCGCUGCAGACGUACCGCAGCUCGCUGCUGGCCGACGCGCCCGACGAGCGCCCGCCGCCCGCCCGCCGCCACUACACGCGCCGCGCACGUGGGCACGAAGACGAGGAGGGCGAUGAAAAUGCUGACUCUGACCAGGAACAGCCCGGGUGA